AUAGUGACGCAGCUGAAUAGUGAAAGUACGCAGUCAGUGGUGAUCGUUGAGGUGCCACUACCGAGGCUGGAGUGACACAGGGGCAAGGCCGCACCACAGCUACAGCAGCAGCAAGCAAGCCGGAAGUAACCUGGCGGAGGUGUGUGUAUGGGAAGCCACUCAUAGUGGAACCAGAAACUACAGUGCUGCAGGCAUGUGAAAAGGUGGGAGUGCAUGUUCCUCGCUUCUGUUACCAUUAGCGCCUGUCAGUUACAGGCAACUGUCCACUGUGUCACAAGGAGAUUGAUAAAUCUCCAAAGGACCAGUGACCGGUACCGCUUCUUAGAGAGCUGUGGAGGACAAGAACAUUGGUCCCUUCAUCAAGACCGUCAUGACCCGCUGUAUCCAGUCCACCCACUGUGUCCGCUUUACCAGUGAGAUUACAGGUGUGGAGGAUCUGGGGACCACUGGCAGGGGACCUGCAGAUUGGCAUUCGUGUGGAGAAGAUGUUCAUGUCGGCGCUGCCUGGGAAUGUGAUUGACGAAGACUGAAUCCAUUGACGUGCUGGAUGCUGUGGGCAGCAAUAUCGUGGUGAGCACCCGGGGGGUGGUGAGGUCAUGAGGAGUUUGCCCCCCAUUUCCACAAGGUCAUCAAUGAGGAGUGGAUCUCAGAUUAGACCAGGUCUGCGUAUGGUUGAAGCGACAGCGCCACAAUCAGCCCAAUGUGAAGCAUCUGGCCAGCUGGCGGCCACUUCCUGGGAGGACGUGUUGACAAUGACGGCAUAUGACGGGGAAGGCGCUGGAGCCAAUUGUGCGCCGCCCUAUGGGACUCCCAAUCACGGCCGGUUGUGAUACAGCCUUGAAUGCUUCUGUUUUAUAUUCAGACCUCCCUCCCCCAUGUUAUGUGUAUCAACAAAGAGAGAACAGUCUAUCCACAGUGUCUCAUGACCUGAGUUGUAGCAUGAUCCUUGUUGAUCUUGUGUUUGUGUGUUGUCCUUUUUUUAAACUCUCUGUAGACACCAGUAGCCGGUGACAUCAGUGUUUUCGUUUGCAGUUGCAAGGAGCUCAAGGCACCAAUGUCAAGGCCAUUGUAGGAGGGAUGAUGGAUGCAGAGGCUCUGAUCGCCCUGAAAGAUAUGCUGAACCGCUUGCGUAGUGACAGUCUAUGUACUGAGGAGAUCUUCCCCAUGGCAGGGGCUGGCCAAGGCAGAGUUGCCAGUGCUUCAGCAGCGGUUGCAAUGCCUGCUUGCCUCCCAGGAUAUUUCUGUUGGUAGAACGCCUGUGACAAGUUUACUUCUGGUGACGUUUCAAAAAGACAUUCUACUCAAAUGCAUGAAAAUUCAAUGAUGUUGACACCAUGGGAAACUGCACUGUAGGGUGAUGAGGAGGAGCAAGCGGUGGCUGUGGGCUCCUGGCUCUCAUUCACGCCACUGCUUGCUCUGUUUGCUACAAAUAUAUGUUGUAACUUGUCACUCUGAUCUUAAAUGGAUAGUGCGAGAUUUUGGCAAUUAAGCCCAUUUCUACUUACCUAGAGUCAUAUGAACUCAUGGAUUUGUAUGUCUCUGUCUGCAGUUUGAAGGAUGUUGAAGGUAGUCUACAGGAACAACUAGCAUGCUAGCGCAAUUGCUAAAUGAAUAUAGGGUAAACACUGGCUGAGCCUGAGGGGAACAGUGGAACAUUACUACCUUCUGAAUUCCUGCAUCGCUGGCAUUGAAGAGGGCGAUUUGCUGCUCCUAGUUGGCACCAACCCACGCUAUGAGGCACCACUUUUCAACGCACGCAUCAGAAAGAUGUAUAGCUUGGGAGGUCAGGGUGGGAUUUAAGUGCUGUCAAAUCACUGGCAUCUCAAUUUGCAUGUAAAUAACUGCUUCCAGCUCCUGAUUUACACUUUCUCUUUAAGUGGAAACUCUAAAUCUGAAACGUGACUGGUGGUAUUUUAUGGAUACUUCAUGUACCCCUGGUAGUUGGCUUCACAACGAGCUGUAGGAGGCCUUGGUGGGGUGGGAAGUGGACCUGACCUACACUUACGAUCAUCUGAGGGAGUCUGCUAUGGUCCUGCAGGAAAUAGUUUCUGGGACCCACCCCUUCUCUAAGGUUCUUUCCGAGGCAAAGCAUCCUGUAGUGGUGCUGGGCAGUGGUUCCCUGCAGAGAGGGGAAUGGAGCCGCUAUAAAUGCAGCCAUGUCCACCAUUGCUCAGAAUGCCAGCAGUGGAGUAGGAGAAUGCUGGAAGGGCACCAUGGAGGCUCUGGGGCGGCGAUGGCUGAAAUCAUUCUCCCUGGAGCAGCAUACACAGAGAAAUGUAGCACCUAUGUGAACACUGAGGGCCGCGACCAGCAGACCAGGCUGGCUGUGACUGCUCCAGGCAUGGCCAGUCAUUAUUGGAAGAUCAUUCUGCCAUAUCUGAGAUUUUCCCAUGAUGUCAAGCAAAGAGGCACUGAGUUUGAAGGUUUGGCCUUGAAAUACAUCCACAGCUGAUGUUCUCAAGGACCAGAGUCACGUGAUGUAUGAGGGCAAACACAUCCACUUCUCGGAGGUGGACAAUAAGCCAUUGUGCUCAUACAGCCCAAAGCUCUGCAAGCAGCGCAGACUCAAUGGAUAUGCCUUCUGUAUCCGUCAUGUCCUGGAGGAUAAGACCGCUCCCUUCAAGCAAUGUGAAUAUGUGGCCAAGUACAACAGCCAACGAUGCACCAACCCCAUCCCCAAGUCUGAGGACCGCAGAUACUGUAACAGCCACCUCCAAGUCCUUGGGUUUAUCCCCAAGAAGGAGCGGAAGAAGAAACACGAUGCAUUGGAGGAGAUGCGCUCAAGACCUCACCUGGAGUCAGUGGCUCUUAACAUAACUGUGCCCUCGCUAGCUCUGAAGGCCUCCAAUGGCCUGGACGAGCUGCCACCCUCUCCACCCUGCACCCGUCUGCUAGCCCUCCCAGAUGGGGAGCUCCUGGACCCUUUUGCCUUCUACGAGGAGGACACUGAUGGGGAAGAGGGCCCUCCUCGGAAGGGCUCCACCGUCAGGAAGAAACUACACAGUCGACUGGUGCUCAGCCAGAAACUCCAGCUCCCCCAUCACGACAAUGCCCUCCUCCAACCACCCCCAGAGCACUUUAGCCCCUCUCCUGUUACCUGUGUGCACCGCUCUUCGCCCCUCCGUCCUCAUCUUCCCCAUCAGCGGCAGACAGGACUCCUCCAGCCCACCCAGCACUCCACUAUGCCUUCGUUUGUCCUCCCAGGACAGCAGCAGACAGGACUCCUCCAGCCCUGCACCAUGCCCUCGUUUGUCCUCCCAGGACAGCAGCAGACAGGACUCCCCCAGCCUUCUACCAUGCCCUCGUUUGUCCUCCCAGGACAGCAGCAGACAGGACUCCCCCAGCCCUCCACCAUGCCCUCGUUUGUCCUCCCUGGACAGCAGCAGACAGGACUCCCCCAGCCCUCUACCAUGCCCUCGUUUGUCCUCCCAGGACAGCAGCAGACAGGACUCCCCCAGCCCUGCACAAUGCCCUCGUUUGUUCUCCCUGGACAGCUGCAGACAGGACUCCUCCAGCCCUCCACCAUGCCCUCGUUUGUCCUCCCAGGACAGCUACAGGGUUUAUCAUGUAAGCUAGCUCCACCUCAGAUUCCCGUCUUUCUGCCUGUCGGACUGCCCCCCAACACAGCUCCUAGUCCGCUGCAGUCCUCCUGUCCCCCCCUCGGCAGGAAAGCUCUGUUCACUGCCACGCACUUGCCAUCCAGUAGCUGGGACAGCACUCAGCGUCAUGUGGUGGCCAUGCGCCCGGCUGCCUUCUCACCUCCCCUUGCCUGCAUGGCAAAGUUACAGCAUCUGGUGCAGCUCUGCACCCAAAGACAUCAGGAGCACGGAGACCUCUUCCAUCAUCUAGGGUUGGACUGGUCUGAAGACAGUUCAGAGGAUGAUGAAGUAGAGGCAGAGAGAGUUCCACCCUAUCACAAUGCCUGGAGACUACAGGAAGGACACCAGCAGGAUGUCUCAGAUCAAGAUGCUGGCAGCUCGCGGAGAACGCGGCUGGCUCGGCUGUGCUCAUACCUCCAGGAGAAAUACAAGCACCUGUGCAGGCAGGAGAGGGCUACCAUGCGCCAGAAGAAAUACCACUAUGCCUUCCGCAAAGCCCUGCUGCACGCUGCCAGUAAAGACCCCGACUGUGCUGGCCAGUUGAUUCAGAAGUUGCGCAAGGUCUCCCAGACCUCAAGUGCGCCAGGGCAGCAGGAGACGGGAAUCUGCACUGGAAGCACCAAGGGCCAGGCAUGUAGCAGCCGAGCUCUACCCUUCACCCGACACUGCUUCCAGCACAUUCUGUUGAAUCGCUCCCAGCAGCUCUUCUCCAGUUGCACAGCCAAAUUUGCCGAUGGACAACAGUGCUCCAUUCCUGUGUUUGACAUCACGCAUCAGACACCGCUCUGUGAAGAGCAUGCCAAAAAGAUGGACAAUUUCCUGCGUGGAGACGGUAACCGAAGAGUGCAGCACCACCAGCAGCAGCAGCGAAAGCCGCGUAAGAAGACCAAACCGCCUGCACUCACCAAGAAACACAAGAAGAAGAGGAGGAGAGGGCCGUGGCGGCCCCAGAAGCCCAUCCCGCCGGCGCUGCCCCAGGGGAACCUGGGAAUGCCUUCCUCUUCCAGCCUGACCAUGCCCACCCAGGCCAACAUCAGGAGUCCCUCGACGCCUGAACUGAGCACCGAUGAACUUCCCGAUGACAUCACCAAUGACAUGUCAGACAUUCCAAACGACCUCGAGCUGAACCAGGAGGAUUUCUCGGACGUGUUACCCAGGCUCCCCGAUGACCUUCAGGACUUUGACUUGUUUGAAGGUAAGAAUGGGGAGCUGCUUCCCACCACAGAGGAGGCUGAGGAGCUGGUACGAGCACUGCAGGCUGGGCUGAUGGGCUCCUACCCAGACUCCCUGGUGUGCCUGACCUCCAUGGCGGAGCUGGCGCAGGCAGAUGGAGUGGACCACCGGGCCAUGGCAGCAGUGUUCACUGGGCCAGGGGUCCAGCCGGGGGGGAUGGGGGACCUGCUCAACGGCCGCAUCCCCGUAGGGAACUUCUCUGAGCUGGAGGACAACCUGCUGCACUCUGCUGGUGGCCACUUCUCCCCCUCGGUGUCACCUCAGCAGCCCACUGCCCAGGGCCAGACUCCUCCCUCGGGACCCAGCCUCACCACCUCCACCCGCACAGUCCCCCGGACACACCCGCCCCACAUCUUGGCCAAGCCAGAGGCGCCCACAUCGUCUCCGCAGGGCAGCCAUUACUGCAGCGAGCAUGUAUCAUCCUCCUACAACGACCACAUGUCCUCUCCCCACGCCAACUCCUUUCAGACGGACUCUCCUCUCCUGCUGGAGGUACCAAUUACCCCACGCUCCUCCUGGAACAACCUCCCCCUGCCCCUCACUGACCCCACACAGUUCGGCAACCUCAUCAGACCAGAGGGCCACCUCGUAUCCACCUCUCUGUCUACUCCCCCCUCCUCCCACUCUGUGAGCCUACAGCCCAUGGCUGCCCUCUCAGCGUUGCCCCAGAGCGGCUUGACGGGCUUGACUGCGUUCCCCGCCCCCUCGCCACCACACGACCUCUUGAUUUCCACCCUUCCCAAGCAGCAGCUCCCUCAGUUCAGUGCUGCCUUCGGCCACCAGCUGGCCUCCCACAGUGGCAUCCCGAAGGACGUGCAGCCCAGUCACAGCUCCACAGCACCCCCCACUGGCUUCUCCAUAGCUAGUGCCACCGCUGCAAGUGCCAACAGUGCAACGCCCCCCUUUCCACACAGUAACUAGAGCAAGCCGUGCACAGUACAAUGGCUGUUGGUCAAACCGUGGACUCUAGAAACGUAUUCACCCAGUGUCCAUUCAUUUCCCUUCUGCUUCAAGUGUGCAAUGUGGUAACGGACCUAACGCCUCACUAUUCUAUUGGAAUUUGCACAACCUCAGAUAUUCCUUAACUGUGUAAUGAUUUCUUGGUAAUAUAGCCAGUUGGCCACCUGAAAGGGUCCAGUGGUUUGACGUAAACGCAGCUCCAGAGUUUCGCCAGCAGGGGGCAGAGGUGUGUGUGUGGAGGGAGGUGGUUCAGUAGAAACAUCAAAUGUUAUUUGUCACAUGCCUGGUAAACAACAACAGUAGACUAACAGUGAAAUGCUUGCUUACGAGUUCUUUUCCAACAAUGCAGAGUACAAGAUACAAUAGAAAUAGUGACACGAGGAAUACAUGGAUUGAUGUGGGGGAACAUUGGAGAACGGCCCUUAGAAGGAGAGAUUAUUUAUAUCAUAGUGACAACAACAGUGCUAGAGAAUACGGUGACAAAGCGUCAAUCAGUGGUCAAUUUAAAAAAUAUAUAUAAUAAUAAUAAUAUUGCCAGUUUAGUCGUGUCUAACAUCCAUCAGCAACACUCCCCUGCGUAUUAUUUGGACAGUGAAGCUAAAACUUUUAAUUUGGCUCUAUACUCCCAACAUUUUGGAUUUGAGAUUAAAUUAGAAACAAACGCACUUCAUGUAUCUAGGCUCCCAAUUGAAUGUGUCAUAAGUAUUUGGACUAAUUCACUUGUGUAUUAAAGUAGUCAAGUUUAGUAUUUGGUACCAGUUUCCUAGCACACAUCAAGCUUGUGACUCUACACUCUUGUUGGCUGCAUUUAGUUUGUUUUGUUGAUGUUUCAGAUUAUGUUGUGCCCCCAUAGAAAUGAAAGUAAAUAAUGUAUCGUCACUUAUUUUAAAUAAAAAUGUAAUGUUUCUAAACACUUCUACAAUAAUGUGGAUGCUACCAUGGUUACGGAUAAUCAUGAAUGAGUCGGGAGCGAGAAAGUUCGAGGCACAAAGUUCAUACUCCCAAGACAUGAUAACCCCUCUCCAUGACGAAUAACGUGAUGUUAGCAUCUUAUAUCAUAUCCACAAGACAUGAUAACCCCUCUCCAUGACCAAUAACGGGAUGUUAGCAUCUUAUAUCAUAUCCACAAGACAUGAUAACCCCUCUCCAUGACCAAUAACGGGAUGUUAGCAUCUUAUAUCAUAUCCACAAGACAUGAUAACCCCUCUCCAUGACCAAUAACGGGAUGUUAGCAUCUUAUAUCAUAUCCACAAGACAUAACCCCUCUCCAUUACCAAUAAUGGGAUGUUAGCAUUUUUUUGGGGGGGGGGUAUGAUAUUUAUGCCUCUAACUUUCUCACUCAUUAUUCAUGAUUAACUGUAAUCUUGGCAGCCUCCACAUUUAAUGUAGACAUGUUCAGAAACACAAGUGACUCCAAAAUGACACUGCAUUAUUUACCAUUUAGUUUUAAUGGGGCACAAAAUAACUUUAAAAUGCAUCCAACAAGUUUGUAGAGUCACAAGCUUGAUGUAAUCAUUGCAUGCUAGGUUACACCUUUUGACUACUUUAAUACACAAGGGAAUUUUUCCAGAUACUUAUGAGGGGCACUAGAUACAUGAAGUGAUUUCAUUUCUAAACGGUAAAACGGAUGUGUAUGAAAAUAUCCUCAAAUAAAAGGUGACAUUCUGUUGCCUCCUAUGAAACAGUUGAUCUCAAAUCCAAAAUGCUGGAGUAUAGAGCCAAAUUAAACGUUUUCGCUUCACUGUCCAAAUAAAUACGUAGGGUAGUAUAUCCUGCCUUGCUAUGGUCAUUGCAUGGGUUCAUCUGUUCCAUUCACCCUUUUGAAAGAGAUUCUAAGGCAGGUCCUUGUAUGCGGGUGACCCGUUGUGAAGCAACAGAGGAAAUUGCUCUGUCAUCUUACCAUGAUGUAGUCCUGUCCUCCUCCACUUAACAGAGAAUUUGGCCAAACCACUUUUAAACAGCGUAAAAAAAAAAUAUAUAUAUAUAUAUAUAUAUAUAUAUAGUGUAUAUAUUUGCUCUAUUAUUGGGUCACUCAGAAACAUAAAAUAUCUUUUGACCUCAACAUUGUGGGACUCCUUAUGGGUGACCUAUUAGCCACUUGAAGGUAAAUUGUGUUAAUUUAAGCAAUAAACACAUUGGCGCACACACUCUUGUCACAGUAUUGUAUUGGUCUCCACUUUAUGUAUCUUCACUAUGUAAUCCAAACCGAUGUGGACCAGAUAUGUUUGGGCCUGUGUAACUCUCUGUGACAUAAACCGUUUGUUCUAAAUCAAGUCUGAACUGUCUGAGUAGAGAGCGACUGCAACUGACCAUUGAACAGGAUGCUUCUCUUAGGUCAUACUGAGUAGUUAUUGCAAGGGUGAUGGCCAAAUCCAUGGGCUCGGGUGUUCACAACUCUCCAUGGUGCUCUCUGGUCUUGCUAUAUAAUGCCAUUUUAAAAGGACAUUCAUGGAUAUGGUCCCUUCUACAAUAGAAACUACUUAGGAACCUGGGGGGGGGGGGGGUGAGUGAUAACUACACUGAGUAUACCAAACAUUAGGACACCUUCCAAAUAUUGAGUUGCCCCCCCCCUUUAAUCCUCAGAAUGACCUCAGUUUGUCGGGCCAUGGACUCUACAAGGUGUCAAGCGUUCCACAGGGAUGCUGGCCCUUGUUUGAUGCCUCCCAUAGUUGUCAAGUUGGCUGGAUGUCCUUUCGAUGGUGGACCAUUCUUGAAAAUCCCGCAACCUGUCUCCACCCCUUCGUCGACACUGAUUUGAAGUUGAUUUAACAAGUGACAUCAUUAAGGGAUCAUAGCUUUCACCUGGCCAGUCUGUCAUGGAAAGAGCAGGUGUUCUUAAUGUUUUGUCCACUCUGUACCUCCCCCCAGUAAAGGACCAGAAAGUCAUCUUUCACUAGUCUAGCAGUGUAUAUGCAUACGUAGAAUGGGUAUAUGGACAUGUGAAAUGAUGCCCCCUUGUUUUAGCAUCUUAUCUGUUUGUGUGGUAGUGUGACACCAUUGGUGUAAACUGGUGCAAUGAGCAUUUCUGAGGUAUAGAUAGCACUGUCUGUUGUACUAAAUAAAUCUUCUCAGGUGCAUUAAGGUUAAUGAAGCAUGGGUCUCAAUGUUAACUGUUAAGGAAUGAGGAUGGAAUUAACCGGACAACUCUGCCCUGUCUGGUUUUAAACUCUAUAGUAGUAAAUCAUGGGUUUGGUAUAUUUCUUUUUUUUUUUAGAAAUGGAAAGAUUACUCAUUGUUAAGUAUUAGAUAUAUUUAUAGGGUAGAGGUCUCUACAGUUUAGGUUUUAUUGUGAGUUAAUGAGUGGCAAUGGAUUGAGAAAUGAAGUCAAAUAGUCUUUUGCGAUGUGCUUGAUGGAAACUGUUUGUGGAACACCCCUUGUUUUAAUGGCUAUCAAAACUCUUGUAAGUUCUCUUCAAAGUGAAAUGAUCACUGUUUGUGUACAUUGUCAUUUAGCUAACCGAACUGGCAAAAUGUCUAAUGUAAGACAGUAUUUCUGAUAGCUAUUAAACUCCGGCAAGUAGUUGCUGCUGAAAGACUGGGGUUGCAUGGCGAGACAACUUUACAUCUGAGUGCAAGGCCACAACAUUUCUCCCUUAUUGGGAUUAGCAGAUCUCUUGGUAGCAGUAAAUCCAGGCAUAGCAUUAUUUUUUCUCAGAAGUAUAUAUAUAUAUAUAUAUAUAUAUACUUCUGCACAUAACAGCACCCAUAUUAAUUUUGGAUUUAGAACACACAGCUGACCUGCUCUAAACAGCACUGUGGGAGGCCAGAUGCUCCCAGUAAGCAUCUUGCCUUUUGUCAUGAUACGAAAAACUAACAGCUGCCAUUAACUGCACACACACACACUGCUUAGAACCGAGCAGGCCCCACUUCCAACUGUGAGAAGGCCUAGUUAUUUCAAGGAGACAGACAUUAACCAGAGCAGAUGCUUCAAGUUUCAGUUUCUUUUUUGCUUGACCACAGCAUUGUUCCUAGAUGUACAGCCCCUAGGAAUUAGGUGGGCUGGAAUGUUUUCUUGAAUUUGCGCAAGCAAGGCGAUACUGCUGUAUUCACAAAGCAUGAGAUUAGAUUCAUUGCAGUUAAGACUCCUCACCAACCAUAUAGAACAAACUAAGCAGGGCUCUGUAGGCACUUGUAACUGCUUGAAAUCUGAGAGAUGGCUGACAAAUUCCUAUACUCAUUGAAUGUACUGUAUUACUGUUUUUAAAGAUGAUAGGAUGAGCUAAUAAUAAUCUAGUCACCUUUUGUUAUCGGUCCUUGUAUAAUUUGUCUAAGGUAUUUUUUUGUAUACAAAGGUUUACAUUUUUAUGUAUAUUUUUCUUGUGUACAAAUUAUGUAAUAUGUGUAUAAACACUGUAUGGAAUGUGUAUAUAGUGUGAUAAAAUGUGAUCUUUUGUUUUUGGAUGUAUAAAUAAAACUUGCUGUGAGGUA